CCUAAAGACUAGCGGGAACGCUGGUGGGAACCGUGGGUCGGCGGACGGGUCGGCGUGCUAUCUGGACGAUAACUCAAACCACGUGGUGGUGAUUUCGGACGCGGACGGAAACAACACCGGCGACAGCACGGGCAGCAGCAGUAUGGCGAACUUCACGCAUAAGCUGCACCAGCAUCUACACGGCCACGGAGCUCACCAGUAUCAUCACCACCUGCAGCAACAGCAGCACCACCAACAGCAACAUUCGUCUCAACUUCUGCAUCCCUUCUAUAAUCAACAUCAUCAGCAGCACCACCAUCUUGUGCAACAGCAGCAACAGCAUCAUCAUCUCCAGCAACAGCAGCAGCAGCAGCAGCAGGCUGGAGGUAAUAGCAACAGUAGUCAUGGUUACUCUAGCCAGCCUACUUCACCAUAUCACAACCACAACAGCAACAGCAGCGAACCGAAGCAUCUGCACGGAAGUCAUUCACCUUCGCCGGGCGUGACCCCGGGCCCGUCCGGUACUGUUGACGGUCAAUCACAGCAGGCAAUGGCGAUGCAGCAGCACUACUGAACCGUGCGCACCCAACCACCGAGAGCUUAAAACACAGAGUUGCGCCCUCCUGAGGACAUGCGGAUAUUAUAGUUAAUGUAGAGCUGGACAAACUGAUGAACCGAUCCACGUCAAUUCGAAGCAUGAGAUUGUUGGGUGAGCUAGUGAGCAAGUGCAACUGAUACGGCAAAGAUCUCCUUCCCAGUCAGUAAGAUUGUAUACGCCCCAAGUAUAUGUAUAGCUGUAUCCGUAUCCGCGAGCGAGCUUGUGGCCAUAUUAUACGUAAAGCCCCGUGACUUGGCCCCGGUGUAGGUGAGCGAUCCCGAAUGAUCGAUUUUCGACAGUACACGAGCGCAGAUGUGCCCGGACCUGAACUCCCGUGUUCUCGUGUUGCAUGUUUGUUCUGCAUACUUUCUGCAUCUGGAUGUGACGGUGUUUGUUAGCUUUCGAAUUCUCAUCGUUACCCUGUCCCGAUUUCUCUAGCGCAGGUGUUUAGGUGUGUACUAACCGGACCGGACAGCCAGGCAGGGCCAUGCCAUAUGAUCAUGCCUCUCGGCGAAUGACAACACAUUGGCACAUCAUCCCGAGCCAAACAUAUCAAAGAAACACCCGUCUAGAGGCGUGGUGGCAGCGGCCAUUUGUGAUGUGCAUCCACUAAACAAAGCGUAGUGUAUUCAAAAGCUGUUCCUGGUGUUGUCAAUGGUGGUGGUAAAACAAAGAUCUUUACAAAACAAACAAAAGAAACAUAAUAUAAUUACUUAUAUCUGCAAUCAUCAAUGUACUACUAAGCGCGAGCAAGGAAAGCAAGCGAGCGAAGGAAGAGAUCAAACCCAAUAGCUAUUGUUGAAUUGUUGCAACUGAUGGAGACAAGAACCGAGGAACAAAAUGCAAAUGCAAGAGCCCGUCUACGUAGUAGGACAUAAUGAUAGAUAUUUCAUGUAGUGCAAAAACAAAACAAAACUAAGUCGUAACGUGUGCAGUGCAGUGCAGCAAAGCAGAAAAGCAUACUAAACCGUUAAGUAAAAGCUGAAAACAAAACAAACAAACAAACAAACAUACAAAAAAAGAGAAAAGAAAGAAACCUAGUUUGUGUGCCAUUAAUAGGAUAACUUCUCUGUAUAUUUUACUAUAAAGUGUGUGAAGCGAAGAAAGAACAAAAAAGGAUGCGAUGCGGACGAGAUGAGAAGACACAGGCGAAACGAAGAAGGUCUCGCAACGAAAAGAAAAAGGACAAAAACAGUUUAGCCUUAGUAGAGCGUGUGGUGGAGGAGGAAAAAGUAAGUCAAACUGAAGAGAAACACAGACAGAGGACAGGAGUUGAAAAGUUAAGCAAAAAACACACACACCUGCACACAUCCCUUUGUGUGCCGCGCCGCUAGAAAUGUAAUAACGUGCUGUAUGUGUUUGUGUUGUGUAGCCUUCAUUUUGUUUAUUUUUUUCUCAUUGUUUGCUAGCUGUUACGUUUUCCUCCCAAAUUUUUCCCGAUUUUGCGUUAUCUGAUGGUUUUUGUGCUCUUCCAUCUUAUCGUUUCUUUAAGAAAAAGGAAAACAUUCAAAGCUUAAAAAGGGAUCGAAGUAAGAGAGCGAGAUGUUGUGGCCGCACAGCAAACAAACAAACAAACAAAAAAGCUGGUGCAACAAAAUAGUUUUAUAAGUUUUAAACCAUUUGUUUUUUUUUUGUUUCAUUGUGUUCCGGUCUUUGCGCGACGGUUUCGUGCGUGGCCUCUCGCCCAGUGCCCUAGUGCAAUAGAGCUAGUGCCACAGAAACGCCGUAGUACGACGGUUAGUAGAGUACCACCAGUGCGUGUGUGUGUGUGGGUGCGUUUGUGUGUGUGUGUGUGCUGCUGGUAGUGUUGUAGUAGGAGUACGUAGUACGAUCUGCUCCGAAAAAAAAGAAACCGGGGGAAGAUCGAUAGGAUAUUGAGCCGAGACAGAGUGCGAAGAGGACGGCGGUGUAGGUUUAGGCUAGUGCUACAAAGAAUGAUAUUUAUUUGAUCUACUCUAUUGACUUCUACCGUAUAAACAGAACGAUUUAGGCUUAUGCAAGUGUUUGCCAAGUGUUUUUUUUUUUUUUUGUAAUUUUCUUUUUAAUUUUUAACCACUUUUAAAAAGUUUAUCGUUUUUUGUGCAAAACCCAAUCCCCUUCCCCAUGCCAUGCCAUCCACAAAGGUUGAUUAGGAGGCCUUUUCAGGUGUGCUCCAGUCAUAUGAUCAUUCAUUCAGGCUUUCAUACUACACACCUAUUGUGUAUAUUGUGUAAGAAUCGUACACGAAGUAGCAGUACGACAGAACAAACCCCUGGAGCGCGCUGUUUGAGGUUAGAUUACGUCCAGCGCCUGGCGAAAGUAGCUAGUGCGGCGAGUGUCUUCCACAGAGCCACAAAUGAAGGACACAACGGGCAAAUGGCUCACGGUGGUGUUCGAACGAACUGCUGCUCGUCGUAUACCUCCCCCGAGUAGGUUGAGAAUAAUAGUGUUUUCUUCCUUUUCCAGUCAUGUAGUUAUAUAGUUUAAAUAGGUUUUUUUUCUUUUGUGUGUGUGCGCGCGUCACGAUACAUCCCGGAGCAAAACGGAUUUAAGGAAAAGUUAAACAAACAAACAGAAAAAAAAACCACUGAAUGUGAGACAGUAAAAAUGGUCUUUGAUUUCUUGAAUAUGGUUUUGUUUUCUUAUUUUAUUUUGUGUUUUCUUUAUUUAUUUAUUUUAUGUUAUGUAAGUAUGCUUUUUUUAAAUAUAUUUUUUCCCCAUUUUUUCUCGCUUUUGUACAGUUAAUAUUUUAAAACCGUCUCCAAGAAGUGUGUGCUUGCGUGUUGUUGUAAAAGAUCGCUUUAGCGUCGCUCUGAGCACAGUAUCCCACCAUGGACGCGCACAUGUGUGUGUGUGUGUGGGUGUGUGUGCUCGCGUGAGGGCAGCAAUUUGUAGUAAACUUAUAAAGCCACAAAGAGUAGCUGUUAAGUAGUAAAACAAAAGCAAGGAUGCCGCCUAUGAAGACGCUUGGCCUUGCCGCGCAUAGAUAUGGCGUCGAAUGGUGUGAAAGGCGGCUAAUGUCCUUCAACACAUUAUUCCUUUACGUGCUUAGCAUUAAAUUCAUCUACAAAAAAAAAAAUCCUCGAGUUAUCCAAAACCUCGAUACAAGGCAUGGAAAACAUGUUUACACUCGCGUAAGUGUGUGCGAAAAGAGCCGAGUAGAUGAUGUCAAAAAGAGUCCCUCCAGCGAUCGAAGUAUGCCAGAAGAACCAAUCAUAGGUAGUAGGCGGACGGUUUUGUUGCUAGGCAACCAACCGAUACUGCGCGAAAUUUUGAUAAAACAAAUUGUUCAAUAACUAUAUGUGUGAGUGUGUGUCUGAAGAAAGUGUGUGUGUGUGUGUGUGAGUGUGUGGAAGGAAAAAUUGCUCACCAACUAACUGAAGAAGAUCCUCAAUUCGGAAGCGGUAGAAAAAUGACCGACACACGUGUUUUGCUAUCUACCGAGCCUCCCGCCGUCCCCAGCCUUCCUUUUCAUGGCCCUGGCUUGAUCACUAACCCCGGUCCUGCUGUUAGUUCUGGCCCAUAAGACGCUACUUUGCUUUCAGAUAGUCCAUUAUCGUCUCUUCCGACAUUUCACCGGCUACUUGAUUAAGCAAAGCUGAAUUGCACGAUACGAUGAAGCCAACCAGCGCAAACAGAACAGAAACAAAAACAAAACCAUGGAAAGGAAGAAGCGAUUCGUCGAAAUUUGUAUGAAUGUUAAUUAUUACCUCCACUUUGUAGAUGCCUUAAACACAGUGCCUAUGUACAAAAAAAAGAAGAAGAAGAAAUGAAAUACAAGGGAAGAAGAGACAGACCGCGCGCAAGUCAGAAGUCAUAUGUCCCAUGAUCAAGAGAAACAACUCUCAACAGUGACAACACCUUCUUCGAAUCCUAUAUCAACAAGAAACAGUAAGGAAAGGCAGGAACUAUAAGCAUAUUUACACCUCCCAAAUCGUUAGCCUUUGUUGAGAAAGGAUAUGAUCCUGGUCAGCAUCCAGCACUAGAGUUUACUAGGUUUGAUGAGCACGUUGUUGAACCGAACCGCGCGGACAAACGCACGAGUCGUGCUUUGUUAUAUUCCUCUGUCCUCUCCUGUCCCACGAAGCCCCCGCUCCCCCUUAACCUGUGAUUGUCUAAUUUCCCGCAUGGAGAGACGUUUGGAAAGCACGUAACAUUAUUAAUACUUAGAAUGAGUCGUUGAAGAAAGACCCACUAUCGUUUGUUAGUUUUGCUAAAUCAAUUACCAUGCUCUCGCUCGUACUGAGUGGGGGGGAGAUCGCUUACCACAACAACAAACUGGCUUACUACGUACUAAAUUGAGACUUUGAUAUUCAUAUUGCAUUUGCCGGUGGAAAACCACCCAGAGUUUAUCCACCUUCGUUACACCCCUUUUUGGCGGUCCAGACAUUAAAGCGCAUCACGACCGAUAGUUAGGCAGGAUCAAUUCCUCACCGUUUUAGGUUGGUAAGGAGUAGUGGUAUGCGCCUUGAAGGCGAACCAGUAAGUAUCUCAUAGUUACCGGAGAAAAGAUGAAUAAAUGAGAAUAACAUAACACAGAGAAGGAUAAAGGGACAAAAGCGAUACAAAACAUAAAUUAGAGCGAAAACGAUUCCUCUCUCCAAAGCCGUGACGCCAUGACCUGAUAUGAGCACUUAUGAAACGAGCCUGAAACAAACAAGAACCUCCGCGGAUGCAGCAAACACAAAAACACAUACGAAAACUCGAAAACCUUACAUUAGUAACUAUCUCUUCCUGCGAUUCCUGAUGAGCAGCCACGUGCCCCAAAACCGUUUGUAGCGUAUAGUUUCCCGAAGCAUGCUGGCGGAGACACUAGAUUUACAUACAUAACCGACAAGAGUUACAAUUGGCGUGCGAGUGGUUGGACGAAGAAAUUGUAUUGGGACCAGCAGAGACUCCCGUUCAUUAUGCUGAUGACGCGCUACACUAGUAAGGUCCGUAACAAUAUAUAUAUACAUAAACGUAGGACAAACUGAAACCACGUACUUAAGGAAAACAAACCCAGGCACAUAAUGCUGUGAAACCAAAACCGUUAUUUAAGAUAGAGAGCAAGUGGGAGCUGUUGUACUUGAAGCUGGUUGGCCCCCUUUUCCGCGCUCUUGGCCGAUGGGGCGCGACACGGAGAUUGACGGAAUUUGUACAAAAAAGAAAGAAAAAAAGCGCGAUCGAGUGGAAGUGGACGCCCAAUGAACGCCCGUUUAGAGGCGACAAACAAAACAUAACAAAAGAGAAAAACAAAA